AUGGCCAGACCGCCUGAGAAUGAAGAUGGAGCGGUAACGUUAAUCUCCUCCGCGGCUCUCAGAGAUGGAGACACCGAGGUGGACUCUGGGGAAGGAGAUGUCCUCUGUCUGGAAGAAAUUUUAACCCUCUACGGUCAGCCGAUAAAUGAAGAACAAGCGUGGGCAGUUUGUUAUCAGUGUUGCCAGUUUCUGAGCCAGAUUAAACGCAGGAGACGGAAUUCCCAAUCCCAAUCUCAGGGUCUGGAUGUAGCCAAGAGGAUUGAAGGACCAGGCGAUGUAUGGAUCUGUAAAGACGGGACGGUUAAAGUACACCACAGAGGCAGCUCAGAUAAAUACACAUCGCAUAAUUCCUCCACAGAGGUGAUCGAGUCUCUGGCCAUUAUGAUUUACAAAGCUUUGGACUAUGGGCUGAAGGAGAACGAAGAGCGGGAGCUCAGUCCUCCCCUCGAGCAGCUCAUCGACCUCAUGACCAACAUGGGCGACACAGAGGUAGACACCUGCCCCGAUGAGGGCUACGAAGCCACCGAGGAGGAGGACGAGGGAGAGGAAGAGCAGACGGAUGUCUCGAGCAUACGAGGUUACCGAGACAUCAUUACGCUGUGCACAUCCCACCUCCCGAGUCCAUCAGACGCUCCCAACCACUACCAGGCUGUGUGCCGAGCGCUGUACGCCGAGACCAAGGAACUCCGGACCUUCCUGGAAAAGAUCAAGAAUGCCAGAGAGAAUUUGCGGCGCAUGGAGGGAAAAACUCCCGAGGAACCUGUCGAAGACCUGAACGAGCUGCAGAAUGACGACUGGGCUUGUUUCUGGGUGCAAGUGAUGAGGGACCUGAGAAACGGUGUGAAGCUGAAGAAGGUGCAAGAGCGCCAAUACAACCCACUGCCCAUCGAGUACCAACUCACUCCCUACGAAAUGCUCAUGGAUGACAUUCGCUCAAAGCGCUACAAGCUCCGCAAAGUCAUGGUGAAUGGCGACAUUCCUCCAAGGUUAAAGAAGAGUGCACAUGAGGUCAUACUGGAGUUUAUACGUUCCAGACCUCCUCUGAAUCCAGUCGCAGCACGUAAGCUGAAGCCUCAUCCUCAAAGACCCCCGAGCCUCCAUGAGCGAAUCCUAGAGGAGAUCAAAGCCGAGAGGAAGCUGAGGCCUGUUUCUCCUGACAUGAUCCGCAGGAACCGGCUCGGCGCAGGCAAAAGCAUCAGCACUCCCCAGGACUUGUUCCGAUGCUCAGACACCCCGGGUACACCCAGGAAGAAGAUUGCGGUCAGCACACUGGCAUUGGCCGAUGACACGCCGCCUUCUCCGAACCCUGCUAAUGGAGCACAGCCACUCUCACAAAGGAAGAAAUUGCUCAAGGCACCAACACUGGCUGAGCUAGAAAGCUCCGACUCUGAAGAGGAGUCUAGCACACACAGAUCAAUCAGCAGCUCCAGCAUAACCACUUCCGUGGUGGACGGCACGUCUCCAGAUUCUGUCAAGGGCAAAAAGACCCCUCCCCGGUUCCUCCCCAUAUCGUCCACGCCUCAGCCUGACCGCCACAUGGCUCCUCACCGGAGGCACUCCAUUGAGAAGGAGACCCCGACCAGCGUUCGUCCAUUCAUACCUCCUUCUCGCCAGAGCUCCAGAUCUCUGCCACCACCGGAGAAGAAGGAGGAAUUUUGCUACCCGGUGGAGUGUCUGAGUCUGACUGUAGAGGAAGUGAUGCAUAUCAGACAGGUUCUGGUCAAAGCUGAGCUUGAGAAGUUUCAACAGUACAAAGAGGUCUACAAUGCCCUGAAGAAAGGAAAGCUUUGCUUUUCUUGUCGGACAAAGAAGUUCUCCAUAUUCUCCUGGUCGUACACCUGUCAGUUCUGCAAGAGACCUGUGUGUUCACAGUGUUGUAAGAAGAUGAGGCUGCCCUCCAAACCUUAUGCCAACCUGCCCAUUUACUCUCUCGGACCCACCACCCUGCCCAAGAAGGAAGCUGGAGUCACAGCCCAAGUGGAGAAGCCCUCAUCCAACCAGCACAACAGCCAAAAACCCUCCACAUCCAGACUGUCUAAGUACGGGGAGUACACCACCUCUAAAGAUGAAGUGGAGUUGCCAAAGGAGAUGACCGAGGACUGGAGCACCAUGGAGGUAUGCGUGGACUGCAAGAAGUUCAUCCACGACAUCAUCUGCUCCAGCAAACGCAGCUUAUCCGUGGCUAGCACACGAUCCCGUCUGAAGCGCAAAACCCAGUCCUUCUACAGGUCUCCCUCCAGAUCCCGCGAUUUUCGUCCCUCAGAACGGACCAUCAACGAAGUGUAGGAGGAAGCUCUGACUUUGUGGCGGCCAUGUUAGCCAAUACUUUUCACUUAACAAGAUGGUGGAGACUCUGUGGACUGGUGCAGCCAUUUAUUCAUGCUGUUUAGUCUUGGAGAAUGACUGACUGUGUUACUUGGGACAGUCUAAGAUGCUGAUCAGGUGUUAAGAUGGGACUUGUGUAUGACGGCGGUCAAAACAGUAUCUUAAGUAAUAUCUGUAGUUUAUCUUCAGUGCAAAACGUAGCAGGAAGAAUGAGCUCCAGUGCUUUCCUGCUGUCCUAUAUGUCAUCCUGUGGCUCUGGGGAUCAUUUUUCUGUCCCUGUUAAUGAAUGUCUAAACAAAGUGUUGGCAUUUCUAAUGGUUUGGCCCAGCUAUCCAGUUCAUCCUGUCUAUUUAGUCUGAUUUCAUCAUGGAGAAUGUCUUCCACGUCUAGGAUGAAGACUAGAUGGUGUGAUGGCUACUGUAUUACCAAAUCAAAAGGAAUAUAAUCAAAAGAUUGAUCGUUUCUUAGUUUCCUUUUCCAAAGGUGGCUGAAAGAAUGAUUUCUGUCCUUCCUUAACUGCACCAGCCCUGCCCCCCCCCUGUCUCAGGAAAAGGAAAAUGUGAAGUUAAAUUAUGGCAGUGUAGCUUACCAAAGGCUUCAUAGCCCCUUUUUACCAGCUUUUUUUCAUAUUCAUAUUCCAGUUGUGCAUGUGUGGGAGAAAAAGGUACAGAAUGAGACCUGAAUGUAUAUUUUUAUUAGAGAGAGAACCAUACAGUGGUAUGUAAAUAGUAUGCUUAAGGUUCAGUCCAGACAUGUAAAUAAUGUUUAUUUCCCUGACUCAGGAAUAAAUGAAGUAGAUAGACAGACAGACAGGCAGACAGACCUGGGUCUCAGUAGUCUGCCCUCCUUUGCCCAUUUACUGACCAAAUGCUUUUCUCCUCAUUUGGUGUUUGUUUAAACUGCUGCUUUGUUAGUCAAACAGUUUGAUAACUGCAAAAAAAAAAAAAAUCUUUCAGGAUAUCUAUUUUUUACUUUGGUUUAAUUAUGGUGUUAAAGACUUUAGUAAAAACAAAAAAGUGAGCAAAUUCAUUUCCCAUCCUCAGCUUCUUAACAUUUUCUAGGGAUUUGGAUGAAGCUUCUUAAGGAAGAGCUUGCUUGUGCCAAAAUAACUCUCUACAAUCUGAACUUUGUGUUUUGGACCUGCUGUACAGAGUAAAUAUCAUAUGCUGAAGCUGUGAUCAUGCAAUAGGAGAUACAUUUAGCAAUCUGAUCUAUCGAAUAUAUUAUCUUGUAAUCUCUCAUACCUUUGUUAAUAUAGUUUUAAAAUAAUAUUAAUUUAAUUAAUAUAAUUGUUGUAAUUAUUUUCAUGGUCAAAUAAUUGUGCCAUGUGUUCACAGAAUGCACUUUCACAUCACAGCAAAUGCUGUUUGUUGUAUUCCUUUUUUUUUUUUUUUCUUUUUUUUUUUUUUUUUUUUUAAAUAAAUAAACCUUACCAUGUUACUUUUCCAAACUCGUUCAGUCACUCAGCUUGGUGUGAAGCUGUUCGGUCAGGCGUGAGCAGCUUAAAAAGUUAGCCUUUAGGUAUUUUCCUUUCCCUUUCAUCCCUUAAACAUGCAUGCAGAACAAAAACUGCACCAGUCACAUGUUCUGUUGGCUGAACGGUGUACGGACGUUCCAGACUGUCGGUUCAUUCACUGUAUUGCCUCUCUGUAAAAGAUGAACAACGUGCAUGUAAAAACUAUGGUCCUCAACUGAAAAAAAAGUGACUCGGAUGAUGAUACCGUAAUAAACAUAUUUCAUGUA